AUGAUUGCGUUCUCGAGAAUAGUUUUUUUAAGGCGCCAUGCUGAUGGCUUUGAAACCUUAAAAAAACGACUGCAGAGAAGUCAUAUUACCCAAACGCAGUACAAGGUUAGACAUCGCGACGAACUUUUGAACGAAAUUGAAGCGAUGGAGAUCGAUGAUGUCUUUGAAAGGGUAACGGGAAUUCCAGUUAAUAGAAGUCAAGCUGACACCGAUUGUCAUGAUGAAAGGGCCGCGACGGAUGCUAGCGUGAACGAAACGACGGGAACAUCUCGAAUACGUAACUCACGUUACAAUUUUGAAGAUGUUAGACAUGAAUUUGAACCACUGGGGGAUUUUGAAUCUAUGUCAGGAAAGAGACGGCACUUGCAAGACCUUACACAUCAAGAAAGACAGGAGCUGCAACGAUUCCAGGCACAAACACGCCUAGCAGAUCCAACCGGCAUAUUAAACAAGUAUCGUGCUAAAGCGGAUCCUAAACGUGAUGCUAAGAGUGUUCUUAUGCAGUUGAGGAAAAUUGAAGGGCCAGAAGAAGCUCUCAAUGACGACGAAGACGACCAUGUGGCGACAACCAUGAUCGGGGAAAACAGGUUUGACGAAAUAGUUUCACGAAUCCGUGCGAAAAUGAGAUUGGAGAAGCAGGAAAAUAGUAAUGUGAAUAAGGCUAAGAUACCAAACUUUAACGGAGUUAUAGUGGAUCCAAUAGCAAGACACGUUCGGCGUAUCCGACUCCGGCUGCGUGUAGCGAACUGGUACUGUGGUUUUGUCCUAAUAAUUGCCAAAAUGAGGCAGCUAAAGUACCAUGAACAAAAGCUACUUAAGAAGGUUAAUAUAUACAACUGGAAGCGUGUAGAUACUCACCGAGAAACAAAAAUUUUGAGAAGAUAUUACAUACAGGACCCAGAAGAAUACCAUAAGUACAAUAAGCUAGUCGGUAAAAUCACCAAACUUGUCAGCGAGCUUAGGAAACUGCCGGAAGAUGAUGGAUUCAGGAUCAAGAUGACUGACGCGCUACUAGAAAAAUUAUAUCAAAUGGGUCUCAUAAGUGUGCGUGGGAAUCUGGAGCUGUGCGAACGCAUCGCCGCCAGCGUGUUCUGUAGACGACGACUGGCAACAGUACUAGUACAGCGCAAGUUCUGCGAACAUUUCAAACAAGCAGUUACAUACAUAGAACAGGGACACAUCAAGGUCGGUCUAGAUGUUGUGAACAAUCCGGCGUACCACGUGACUAGAGAACUGGAGGAUCAUAUCACGUGGGCACAUGGUUCGAAGAUUAAAGAAAUGGUCGUUGAUUUCAGCGGAGUACGAGACGACUUUGAACUUCUGGGCAACUAG